UGUCCCCCGAAACAACCGCUAAAACUAACGGAACAUGGCUUCCCUCUCCUCUCCAUUCUCUUCUCCCAUUUAUAUACCCUCACUUUCCUUCUCCUCUCUUUCCAUUUUCCCUCUGCUCCGCUGCCGCGUCCCCGCGCGGCAACCACCUUCUUCCUCGUACAACACACACAAAAAACAAAAACACACACACACAAAAAAACAUAGUUGGAUAGCUAUAUAGAAGAAGAAAACACCACAAUAUGGUAUCUACUUUAUUAAAGCAGGUACGUUCUUCUCACCCAACAAAAACAAUAACAAAAGUAAUAACAACUUAUUUAUUUCUUUUCUUGAGCUUCCAUGUUGGUCAUGGACAACAUGACUUCGAAAAAUUUUCAUCGUCCUUGUCGUCGCCGCCUCCGCCACACAUGACGGAGCUCGAUGCCUGCAACGGCGUGUUCCUCACGUACGCGCUCCUGGGGCGUGUGAAGGAGUACCCGCACGUGACGAACACGUCGAAGCAGGCGUGGGCUUUCAAGGCGGAGGCGUCCCUGACAAACGUCGGGGACGAAGAAGUGCCGGGGUGGAAGAUGUUUGUCGGGUUCCAGCACCGCGAGAUUCUAGUCUCCGCCGACGGCGCCGUGCUCAUCGACGCUGGAGACUUUCCGGCGGAGGUGGGGAACGGGACCACGCUGGUGGGGACCGCCACGACCGACUUGAAGACCGCCAUAGACACCGCCGGGGAUAUUAACCAGAUGAGUGUGAGGAUUCAGAUGACGGGGACGCAGUUUGGGUUGGGUGCAGGGGCUACGCCAAUGCCUAAAACUAUUCGUCUCGAGAAUGAUGGCUUCAAAUGCCCUGCACCUAGUCGAAGAGCCAUGAGAAUGUUCGUAUGCUGCAAAAAGGACCCAAAAGUAAAAGCCAAGCAAGCAAAGAAAACAAAGUACCCACCUCGUCGCAAAGGAGACAUAACCAUAGCAUACGACGUGCUCCAAGCCUUCCAGAACAACUACUACGCGGAAGUCAGAAUAGACAACAACCACCCAUUAGGUCGUCUUGAUCACUGGAACCUAACAUGGGAAUGGCAAAAGGGAGAAUUCAUAUACUCCAUGAAAGGAGCCUUUGCUCGCAGAAAGGACCCUUCUGAGUGCUUAUAUGGUCUUGCAGGAAAGUUCUACAAAGACAUGGAUUUCUCAAAUGUCGCCACGUGUGAGAAGAAGCCAACAAUCUCUGAUCUUCCAUCAGAAAGAAAAGAAGAUGAGAAAGUUGGGAAGCUCCCUUGGUGCUGUAGGAAUGGCACUGUUUUGCCUCCUAUCAUGGACAAGAACAAAGCUAGGUCAAUGUUCCAGAUGCAAGUGUUCAAAAUUGCACCUGACAGUGACAACAGAACUGCUCUCACUCCACCUACAAAGUGGAACAUUGAUGGUGUCAUAAACCCUAAAUACAAGUGCAGUGCCCCAGUUAGAGUUGACCCUCAAGUCUUCCCUGACCCUAGUGGGCUUAGGGCUAUUACCACAGCAGUGGCAAGUUGGCAAAUAGUUUGCAACAUCACAAAACCUAAGCCUCAAGAAAACCGUUGCUGUGUCUCUUUCUCAGCAUUCUACAACGAAUCAGCCAUCCCUUGCAACACGUGUGCAUGUGGGUGUGAUGACACGAGGAAGUGCAGCUCUAGGGCUUCACCGUUGCUUCUUCCACCAGAUGCUCUUCUUGUGCCGUUUGUUAACAGGACCGUUAAGGCACGUGCAUGGGCCAAGCUCAAGCACUUGCACGUGCCGAGCAAGCUCCCUUGUGGGGACAACUGCCCCGUCAGCAUCAACUGGCACGUGAGUUCUGAUCACAAGGAUGGAUGGACAGCUAGGAUCACGCUUUUCAACUGGGAGGAAUAUUCCUUUGACGAUUGGUUCACGGCUAUUCAGUUGAAGAGGACUUUUGAGGAUUUUCAUGAUGUUUAUUCCUUCAAUGGGACGAGGAUUCCUGGUCUCAAAACUGUGUUCUUGGAGGGGUUAAAGGGUUUGAAUUACUUGUCAGGAGAAACCAAUGGAACACAUGCUAAUGACCCUAGGGUUCCAGGGAAACAACAAUCUGUUCUUUCUUUCAGCAAGAAGCAUAUAAAAGACUUCGAUGUCACACAUGAUGGGUUCCCCACUAAGGUUUUCUUCAAUGGAAUGGAGUGUUCACUUCCUCCAAUUAGACCUGCCAAAAGUUCAGGGCACAAAUCAUCUUCCAUCAGUGUCAUUGCCCUCAUUUUCACAGCUUUUGUGACUUUCUUGAUGAUCUAAAUGAUUAACCUAGCUUGACACGUGAGUUAAUGGCUUGAAAGGGUUAAUUUUUCUUCUCUUCGGGGCUGCUUUUUUAUAUAUAUCACUCUCAUCAACGACGGGGUGCUUAUACAAACUGAGCAGAGAGAUAACGAUGCAUGUGAUGAUGCGAAACAUGUGAUGAGGGAUGCAGCCUUUUUGUGUGAAAGUACAUGACAGUGUAUAUCUGAUACAAGCUUGUGUGUGGAACUUGUAUAAUAAGUUCGGUACGUAACUAGCUCAUAUUACAAUUAGAUGGCCUUUUUGUUCGAACUACGUUACUCUAGUGUAUGGAUUGUUAGUUCAUGUAGAUA